UUUUUUGGUAAUAAUAUCCCAAAAAUUGCUUGGGUCUCUUGCAAUGUGCGUAGCUAUCCAAAAAAAAAAGCUUGGUUCUGUUGUCUUGGGUACAAAAAACAUUAGAGAAGCCAAACACAACUUUUAAAGAUCAUAUAAUUAGAGAAGCCCCAAAAGCACCGAAAGAAACGAAAGCAAAAUUAAAAAGGCCUAUGCUUUGAUUUGGUAGCAAGCUAUGGAAUAUAGAUUGAAAUUCAUCCCAUAGACUAGUGUUAAGCAUUAGGAGGCAUUAGUUUUCAGUUGCUCUACCAGAAAACCAGACCAAGGAAGAAGGCAAAGAAGCCUUUUGUGUGGAACCUCUUUUUCUCUUUUUCUCUGUCAAUGGAAGUCCAACUACAAACCCAUCACUGCAAAUAACCCAAUCUCCACUCCCUUCCUGGAGAAAAAGCUUCCAAAUUCGCCAUUCAUGGACCCUUCUAACCUUAACCCAACUACCACAAACCCCACCAACCCCUCUUCCAUGCGUGUCCUGAUUCGCCCGCCUUCUUCUUCCGCACCCACUUCGUCUUCUUCACCCUCCCAAGCCUCUCUUCCCCCUCCCAUUCCCGCCAACAACUCCGACCCAUCGUCGUCUUCUUCACAGCAUCGCUCUUCCGAUGGUGUUGUGGUGGUGGGUUUCAUUGGGCGAAGAUUGGGUGAUACUGCUCAGCUCGUAAACCGGGUCAUCGAUUCCAAUGUUUUCGGGUCCGGGAAUCGGGAUAAAAGCCUCUGCAUUGAGAAAGAGGAGGUCAGGGAUUGGUUCAAGUGGAGGAGGAUCAGUUAUUACCAUGAGGAGCAGAAGGGGAUUUUGUUUCUGCAAUUUUGUCACAAUCUGUGCCCUGCCGCCAUGGAUGGGUCUGCCAAGGUCGGGUCGGGUUUUGACUCGGUGGUGGAAGAGCACGAGUUCGGCGAUCUUCAGGGAUUGUUGUUCAUGUUCUCUGUUUGCCAUGUAAUCAUAUACAUUCAGGAAGGAUCACGCUUUGAUACUCAACUUCUGAAAAAAUUUCGAGUGUUACAAGCUGCAAAGCAUGCUUUGGCUCCAUUUUCAAAAUCCCGGACUACACCAGCAUUGCCAGCGAGGCCACAUUCAUCUGCAUCCUCACGAUCAACGACAUCACCAUCCUCUUCUAAUAAUUCUUCUCCAGGUAGAAGUGGUAGUAUAUUGAAUCGUAAUGCUUCUGCAAUAUCACUAAUGUCUGGUUUAGGUUCCUACACCUCUUUGUUUCCAGGACAAUGUACGCCUGUCACACUGUUUGUUUUUAUUGAUGAUUUCUCUGAUGUGCCAAAUCCCAGUUCUGUUGUGGAGGAAACAACUGAAACAUCCUCACAUAAUCAGUCAUCCAGUUUGAGUUCAGCAAGGCAAAGCUUACCUGUUAAGGUUUCUGGCUCGGUGGUUGUGCUUGCACGCCCUGUGAAUAAAUCUGAAGGUAGUUUCAGGAAGAAACUGCAGUCCUCUCUUGAAGCACAAGUGCGCUUUUUGAUUAAGAAGUGUAGAACACUCUCAGGUUCUGAAACCAGUCAUUCUGGGUCGAGAAGUGGAGGUGCUUCUAGUUCUGCACCUUUGUUCUCACUUGAUGCAUCUAGGGCUGUGGUGUUAUUAGAUAGGUCAGCAAAUCAGAGAGGUGAAUCUCUUGAUUUUGCAACUGGUCUUGUGGAAGAUGUUCUGAAUGGGAAGGCAACUUCAGAUUCUCUUUUGCCUGAAAUCAAUGGCCAGGCUGCAAACAGAGAGGAUAUAAUAUCAUUGAAGGAGUUUAUCUACAGACAAUCUGAUAUCCUAAGAGGGAGGGGAGCACACGCUAAUUCAAAUAGUGGCUCAGCAGCUGGUGUUGGUAUGGUUGCUGUUGCUGCAGCAGCAGCGGCAGCUGCCUCAGUUUCAUCUGGAAAGUCAUUUACCACUCCUGAACUUCCAAAUAUCGAAAUUUGGUUAUCUUCUAGUCUACAAAUUCUUCAUGGAGUUUUAUCUGCGAAAGGUGGGUGCUUAGAGGAAAUUGAAAUUAGCAAAAGAAAACCUCGUUUAAGGAACACUAUCCCCCAACCUGUUGAAGGAAUUCCUUCAAAAGUUAUGUAUCCCCUAGAUAUAGCUGUUUCUUGGUUAGAAAGUGGUAAAGGACUAAACAUGAAAUUUUCAACUUUGUGGUGUGAAAGGAGCCUUCCAGCUGCCAAGGAGGUUUAUUUGAAAGGCUUGCCCACUUGUUAUCCAACUUCACAGCAUGAAGCCCAUCUACAGAAUGCUCUGCAUGCUUUACACUCGAUGGUCAGGGGGCCUGCGGUUCAAGACUUUGCAAAAAAGUUGGUAGAUGAAUGCACAUACAUAUGGAAAUCUGGCAGGCAGCUGUGUGAUGCUGUAAGUUUGACAGGUAAACCAUGUAUGCACCAAAGACACAAUGUUGAGACUGGUGAAUUGUUUUCAGUAGCUGCAGUGAGGCCACAUUCUAGUGGAUAUGUUUUCCUUCAUGCUUGUGCUUGUGGACGAACAAGGCAACUACGGCCUGAUCCUUUUGAUUUUGAAUCAGCAAAUAUUACUUUCAAUUGCUUUCCAGACUGUGACAAGCUCCUUCCAGCGCUUCAAUUACCAAAUAUAAGCAACACAGGACCUAUUCAGCCAUCCUCUUGGAGUUUGAUUCGUGUUGCUGGUGCAAGGUACUACGAACCUUCUAAAGGAUUACUUCAGAGUGGGUUCUGUGUUACUCAGAAGUUUCUUUUAAAAUGCACAAUAUUUCUAGAGAAACAGAAGAGAAAAAAUGGCUUAACAGCCAAUGCUGUUCAUCAAGGUUCUGCAAUUAAGUCUAAUACAGGCCCCAAGCUCGAAACUAAAAUGAGUGCAGCAGAUACAACAAGUCAUGGCGAUGCACUGUUGUAUUCAGAGGAGGUAAAAUCUGUAGUUGAGAAUCAAAGGAAACGCUCAGAAAACAAAAUAUAUGAUGAUAAAAGAAUCAGUUUUGGUAAAGGUCUACCCAAUUUUACAAUGAGAAAACCUUUUUCUGAGGUUGUUGCUGGAUCAGCAGCUGCAGAUUCUGGUUUUCCUCCUCUCCAGCAGAGAAAGCAAAAUUCAUCAGGUUUAGAUGGGAGUAUCAAGCAUAGUAGGAGUGGAGAUAGGAGUGAAGAACAGCUAACCGAUCAUCAAGAAUCUCAAAAAUCUGGAGAUAUUUUGUCUGCAGUGGACGCAUUAAAUGUGACCAGUCCUGACGGCAGCACAAAUAGAGACCCCUAUCUACAGAUAGGUAGUAAUGUAGUCCCUGUGAACCUGAAUUCUGGUGAAAAGAUAAAAAAGAAUCCUUCCUUUAAGCAUGUAACUGUGUAUGUGGGAUUUGAACAUGAGUGCCCCCAUGGCCAUCGUUUCCUAUUAAAUCCAGAGCAUCUCAAUGAGCUUGGAACCAUGUAUCAACUGCUUGAAAAAUCUCAGACUCAUUCCUUGGAAAUUUUAGAAUCAAAUUUUGCAGCUCAUUCAAAAUUGAAUAAGAAUGGUCUCCAUGGUAAAGUUCAUCGAAUUUCAAAUAGGAUGGAUGCUACUGGUGUAAAAAAGGAGAAAAAUAUGGAUAGGUCAAAGGAGGUCGGAGCUACUGGUCUUCUAAACUCAGGUGGCAUUGUACAGUUUUCAGGUUCAGGAAAGGAGCAGAAUCCAACUUCUUUGGAAGUAUCACCGCUUGCCAGUUCUGUAAGAGAUCUUGAGGGGGGCCUUGAAUGUAUUAGCAUUGAUGAUGGUGGAUGUGCUUUCUCCAUGUUGAAUAGAAAUUUGCCUGUCUACAUGAAUUGUCCACACUGUAAGCUUUCCAAGAACAAGAAGGAUCAGCGAAAGGUUAAGUUUGCCGGCACAGUAUCACAGCUUCAAAGAAUUUUUGUGGUCACACCUCCCUUUCCAGUCGUAUUGGCAAUGUGUCCAGUUAUACAAUUUGAGGCAUCUUGUUUACCUCCAUCGAUUCCAGAACGUGAAAAGAAGUUGCAGUUUGGUCUUGGGUGUCAAGUGGUUCUACCACCAGAGAGUUUCGUUGCACUUAGACUGCCAUUUGUUUAUGGUGUUCAAUUGGAAGAUGGAAGUCUGACUCCUCUUAACUAUUUUGAACAAAAACCAGAAGCAACUGCUUGGAUCAUCAAAGGAACAACACUACAUAUCAUGUCCAAAAGAAACAACACCGAUCAUGAUUGACCUUACACAUGAUUAAAUUUAUUGGUGUUCCGAAUUUUACCAGUACAAUGAUAUGAAUCCUCAGUGAGUAGCAAAGGCAGAUUUGUUCCAUCAGCAACCAGAAUUUUAAUGUUCUUGUCCAUCUAACAGAUAAUAUGAACAUGGCUCUUAGCCAAGGAUGUAUGUUCAGGAUAUGGGCUUGAGGAUAAUCCUAAUGGCGCAUACAUUUACCAGUGAAUUUCAACAAUCGAAUACCAGAGCAUUUAAAAAUGCUUACAUAGUUGCCAGGUGUCGUGUGGACCUCUACGUGGCUGGUAUCUUGAAGGGAGCUUUGCAGCACUGUGUUUCACUAUUUUUUCAUGGUUUCUCAUUAUGCUAUGCACGCCAUGGACAUGGAGUCCUGACGACCAGAGAUACCCACAGCCAUGUCAAUAUGCUAUGCAAAAUUGACGAUGUCAGAUGCAACGGUACACGCAAGCAUUCUACGUAUUGACGGGCUAAAAAAGUUCCACAUCAGUUGAUGCAGUUCCAAUUGCAAGUUAAGCAUGGUUGUCAACCGCUUUGUUCUUGCUGUCUGAUAAACUGCUAAAGAAACCUGAAAUUUUGACAAGCAACCAAUAUCUACUGUCAACUAGAAAUACUCUUAUCAUUUGUUUUCAUUGAUGUAUGUAUACACUCUUGUCUUCCACAACUUUGAUGUGACCAAAAUAUAUACUUGAUGAACGCUGUGCAAAACUGAUCGUAGUGUCUGGGAUUGUGCCUUUUGGUAGUAGCUUAUACAUGCUUCCCCAUUCCUGUCUAAGAAGUAUUUACUUUACUGUUGAGAACCAUUGUACA